AUGGCGAACGAGGACGUCGCGGGAGUUCAGGUCUACAAAAGACUAGUGGACAGUCUCCUGGAUCGCGCCGCGCAGGUCAAGCCUGACAAGCAGAUCGAACCGCCUUUGACCGAAACACACCUGGGCGAAUCGAUAUGGCAAGUACCAUCUGAGGAUGAUAAAGCUACAAAGCAUUUAAGCCCACAGACCAAGAUUGCGGCCGUGGAGAUCGCGUUUCGUGAGAAGUUCUAUCGUGUCUUGGCCUCGACUUCCAUCGAUGAUCCCGCUUUCAUUCAAAUCUGGAACCUCCUCGACAUUGUCUCGAUCUUUUCUGAUAAUGAGCAAUGCGAACCCGGCCUGAUUUUCUGGCUCAUUGAAGAGCUCUUAGAUAGUCAAACCAUUAAUGGUUGCCGCAAGGUGUUUGACUACCUGGAGUCCCGAAGGGAGAGGAACACCAAGAAGCACUUCAAACAGAAAAGUUUAGUCAUUCUACGAUCCUGCAACGAGCUUCUUCGCCGGCUCUCGCGCGCAGAAGAUACAGUGUUUUGCGGCCGGGUGUUUAUCUAUCUCUUCCAAAGUUUCCCACUUGGAGACAAGAGUUCGGUUAACCUGCGCGGCGAGUUCCACUCCGAGAAUGUCACAACUUUUGAUGAGAUUGCGAAAGAGCCUACCGAGAAGCAGGAGCAGGAUACAGCAAUGACUGAAGGGACUGAACCUGCAGCACCCGGAGAGGCAGCGGCGGGCCAGGCUGAGACCCUUUCUCAGCAAACAUCAAAAGCGCCCAAGGUUGUUGUUUCUACUGAUGAUGAGAAGAAAUCAGAUGACGUUGACCUGGAUGCACUCUACCCGCUCUUCUGGAGCCUUCAGGCCUAUUUCUCUGCACCGAGCAAGGUGUUCGAUGCGGAACGAUUUACAUCAUUCAAGACUGGAAUGGAAGCUACGCUAGCUGCAUUCAAGAACAUCAACACUGAGAUGGAAAAUGAGAGUUCGGCCCGAGCGUCAGAAGAUGCCCGCAAGUCGAACAAGCGCAAGCGCAUCGCGGAUGGUAAUGAAGUCGCCACCAGCUUCAACCCGAAGUACUUGACCAGCCGGGAUCUGUUUGACCUCGAAAUCAGCGAUACUGCCUUCCGACGACACGUUCUUGUCCAGGCUCUUAUUCUCCUUGACUUUGUGCUUUCCCUCACAUCCAAGUCCAAAUCACGCCUGGUCGAUACGACGAACAAGUCCGUUCUCUACGGUUUCACUUUGAAUGAGGAGGAUACCAAGUGGGCGACCAACACGCGAAAAGGUAUCGAGGGAUAUCUGCAACAGGGGCCCGGGGGCAAGUUCUACUAUCGCAUGGUGGACACGGUCUUGUCUCGAGACAAGAACUGGGUGCGGUGGAAAGCCGAGGGCUGUCCAUUGAUUGAACGCCCGGCCAUCUCCGCAGCAGAGUACACGGCUUCCCGCGAGCAUGCCACCAAAGCUUAUGCCAACAAACGCCUUCGUCUGUCCCCGAUGGGCUCUCUCGAUUUGAAGUUCCUUGCCGACACCGAGGCGCUCGCCAAUAUUGAACGUCUCAAGGAAUCCGGCCGAUACACCGUUCCUUCCGCGGACUCGUUCUUGAAGGGCAUCAUGGAUGAUGAAAUGGAUAUCGAUAUGGCGAUGACCGACGAGGACAAGGCGAUUGCCGAGGGCGCUAAAGCCAGCAAGUCCUGGCGAAUCUUGCGUCUUGCUGCAAAAGGAAAGCUCGCUGCAUUCGACAAAAUUGGAGACAACAACAAUCUACAGGUCUUGUUCGAAACUGCUACAGCGAUUGAGGAUAGCAAUGAGCUCGGUUCCUCUAGUGAUACCAAGGAUCUUCCCCAGUCCCUCGAUGAAAGUCCGGACUUGCCUAUUGAAACCAAAGAGUCCGGUGAAACGAGUGAGCCUGUUGAGGGAAAAGUCGACACGGCUGAUCAAUCUGAGGGUCAGAACCUUCCCCGGGAUCUCUCCCAGGACCCAGAUCAGGAAAUGCAAGUUGAAAGCAAAGACGUCAUCAGCAAAGAACAAGAUCCAAGCACGGAUGACAACGAAGAGGCCCUUGCCGCCUCUAACGCCUCGAAAGACUCUGCCACCUAA